AUACUACUGCGGGUUUACGAGCGAUGCGCCUUCGGAACUGUCUCUUGUAAGUCCUUUGUUCUAUGGAACCCAUCAAUCAGAUCGUACAAGAGAAUAAAAUGCCCUUAUGAGCUUCCUUAUUACGCAAAUUCUGGAGUUUGUUACGAUUCCACUGCGGAUGAUUAUAGGGUGCGUUUUGUUUGCUCCCAAGGAAAUGAAACCUCUGUGGUGACUUACAGUUUGAGAAACAAUUCUUGGAAUAUUGUUAACGACAGUCGAUAUUAUCUUUAUGAGUCGGAACAUCAGGCCAUUGUGAAUGGAGCUGUUCACUGGGUAAUGUGUUCGAGAGAGUUGGACUCACGGGUCAUUGUUUAUUUUGAUUUGGUGGAGGAAAAGUUCAAGGAGGUCCCGCCGCCGAGCCUUUGGAAGAAAGAUGAUGACAUGAAUUUGGUGGUGUUGGGGGGAUUCCUUUGCGUGUAUUGUGAUAUCGGUGUUAAGCAGAUUGAGGUCUAUGCAAUGAAAGAGUAUGGGAAGAAAGAAUCAUGGACUAGAUUGUUUGUCAUUCCUUGUGUGAUAGAUGAUGCCUAUUUGAAGCCUUUGUGUCUUACGAACAAAGGCCAAGUUCUGCUAUCGUUAUGGAAAAUGGGGAUAGGCAUUUACGAUCCUGAAGACGGUGCGUUUCUGCCAUGUGGCUCUGACUAUGGUUUGACGGCGAUUCCGUAUGUAGAGAGUCUAGUUUCACUGGAUGGUGGGGAUGAGAUGUGGAGUCAACACAAAGCCUAUCCAAAGAAAAUAAACAUGAGGAACAGGGUAUCUUCUUGGCAUUGGCAUGAUUCACACUGUAAGGGAAGUUUGAGAUUCAAAUUUAUAGGGUCGCAUAUAGUUCCAUGUAGUGCGACACACGGACUAUGCUACAACCAAGUUUUCAUACUGAAGUUCUAUCAUAUCAUAGCAUUCAACAUUGGUGCUGCUUGA